AACCUUCCAUCUUUUGUUCAUUAUUAACCUUUUUCGCGUGUGGUUUCGUUGUGAUUUUUUACGCGAUAUAAUUAUUUCGGACUUGCGUCGAGGUCAUGGUACCUCGUCGCGCAAAGCGGUUAAGAUGAGGUUUAAAUCUGAUCUUAAGAAUAUACGCACGUUCGCAAAACUCGUGGCCGCUCUAUCAUCCCUUGAGAAGAUCGCCUGGGUACGCCUCGACGAUGAGACCGUACGAUUCACCGUGAUCCCAGAUACCGGGUCCCAAGUCUGGGCCUCCUUUUCUAUGGACUUCAUAUUCGACAACUACGCCCUCCAAUCCGCCGAACCAAACAACACAAUCAACCUCGAGCUCCCCCUCGGCCCCCUCCAACGCGCCCUAAAAUCCGCUCUUAAUGGCGUCUCAGCAUCAAUUCGCCUUACUAAAAAAGACGGCGUCCCGGUGCUCUCUAUGACGAUCACCACGACCGCCGCUCCGACUAAAGAACCUACAGGCGUAUCACGCUUCGGAAAUGCGAAUGCUGGCGCUGAUGAUGAUGGGGUCUUCGCGCAUGAACCGCUGGAGACGAAUCUCCACCGCGAGCGUGAAAAAAUAAUAACACAGGAUUUCCCUGUGAGAGUGCUGCAUCCAGAUACCGUGGAGACGAUCAUGCAGCCGAAGAUUCGCGAGCCGGAUGUACAUAUACAACUACCCCCGCUACUGCAGUUAAAAGCUAUAUCAGACCGCUUCACGAAACUCGCGCUUGCAUCGCGCGCUUCGUCGUCGGGUGGGGCGGCGGCUGCGGCGUCGUAUUCGCCGAAGUUGGAACUCAGUGCUAAUAUGCACGGGGGCUUGAGGUUGCGUCUUGAUACUGAUACCCUCGAUGUCGAGAGUCAGUGGUCGGGGCUUGAGAAUCCGGAGUUGGAUCCUGCGCAAUUGGGGUGUCCGCUGGAAGAUCAUCCUAGUACUCGGUUCCGCGAGGCAGGUCCGGAUCGAUGGGCUACUGUUCGGGUUGAUGGGAAGGAUUGGAGUAAGGUGUUGAGUGUGGGGAGGUUGGAGGGAAGGGUUAUUGCGUGUUUUGCUGAUGAUCAUGCGUUGAUAUUGUAUGUGUAUGUUCCCCAGUAUGAUGAUACGGGGGCGGAGGAUUCGGUUGUUACGUAUUAUGUGUCUUCGUAUAGCGUGUGAUUACGCGUACUGGCUAGAAUGGACGGGUUCAUGGUUUGGGUUGGUGGGCGUUACCAAAUACCCUUGCAAUUUGACGGACGAACGUUAGGGAAUGAUCUUAUAAAUGGCUAUUAUCUGCUAUGAAUUGCUACAUACUCCGUAUAUUGGACGUAUAUAGAAUGAGAGACGCGAGUCUAAAAUUAAGACAGAAGGUUUAAAAGUAG